UCCUUCGCUCUCUGCUCGAGUGGUGUCAAGGCUGUUUCUCCACUGAAGUGUUAUUUUGCAGUCAGCACAGCAUUGCUCACAGGACGCAACAAUGGAUAACGCUUGAGGGUUUUGUUCCUUUUUGUUACACAGAGCGUUUUGGCGGGCAUUUGUUGAGGUUGUAGGGCAAAUCUUAACUCCUACUUAAGUCUGUGUCUUCUUUUGAACCAAGUGACUCAGUGGAAGGCUAAAGGCACAGAGGGAAGCAUACUGAAGCUUCAGGAACAAAGGAGACAGAGAGCUGGAGACAAACUGGAAGGAAAAGAAGCUGCAAGUCAGUGGAUGCUUUACCUUUGGGUAUUUGAUAACUGUCUGCUCUAAGAAUACACGCUAUAAAGCUCUGAGGGUCGAUGUGUUUGCAGCAGAGAUGCAAUUUUUCUCCAGCCUGAUCUUCUUUGUCCUCUAUUCUCUGGUGUCUUCUUCACAUGAAGAAAUCUUUUUGGAGCUGUGAUUAAAUGAACGCCUCUGCGGUUUGAGGGGUCUCUUCAUCAUCUUGUCUGUCACCCUUGUCAAGGUCUCUUUCGAUCCUCCUCCACUUCAUCUCCCUUCCAAACUUUUGUUUUCAGUUCCUGUGUUUUCUUUUCCUCAGACAUUCAUCCUGUUGUCCUUGUCAAGCUCUCCUCCUAACACCUCUACAAAAUCAUCCCUGCACUUUUUUGUUAUACCUUUAAAUUUUUGACUUUCGCCCCAGUUCCUUCAAUCCCUCCAUCAGCCAGAGCCCAGCGGUACCUUUUCCCCCUUUUCCUCCCUGUCCCGUCACCAUGUAUUCCUCCGACGAGCUCUGGAACUCCACUGAGCAGGUUUGGAUCAACAGCUCUGAGGCAAACUUUUCUCUGGGAAAACGCAGAGAUGAGGAAGAAGAGGAGGAAGAACAGCACCCUUUCCUUACAGACGCCUGGCUCGUCCCCCUCUUCUUCGCGCUCAUCAUGCUGGUCGGCUUGGUGGGAAACUCUCUGGUUAUUUAUGUCAUCUCCAAACACAGGCAGAUGAGGACGGCCACUAACUUCUACAUAGGUGAGUGUGAAAGUUUGUGAAUGAAGCGUUUUCAUGGCUAUGAUGCAGGAAUAGACUGAAGCACGAUGGAAACCAGUGCUCUUGGAUAUAUCCAUGAACUAUGCAUCAACUUCAAAUGCAUUGUGUGGAUCUUUGAUGUAUGUCUCUUUCAUCUUUGAGAAGCAUUUCGUUGCAUGCCAACAGUGAGUUCAAAAGGAACUCACAAGGGAGACCAGUGUGAUAGACUCUGUAUGACCUGUCAGAUAUGUAUGAGUCUCUGUGUCGAUUACACGCUACGCUCUUUCUGUAACAGCAGGACGCAUACAGUAAAAGCUGACAUGUCCUUAACUGAAAAAAUUCUGGACCAUCCUAAAAAGGUUUUAUAAUGAUUUCUGAGUGUAAAAUCAAUUUUUAAAAGCAGUCAGUUUUAUUUUAGAAUGGCUGUUUUUACAUACUCGCCUCUAUGCAGAUGAUACUGAGGUGUUUAUCUAACGAGAUCAAGGAAACAACAUACAUCAGUGAGAUCAAAGCUUGAAUUUUCUGCAGUUUCUCAGCCUAUUAAGUCUCAUUUAGAAAAACAGCCGUUAUUUACUCAGUUUCAAAAGAAAUAGGAAUUAAAGGGUGCUCCUAUGCACUACAGUAAGACUGCAGAGUUGAGUGCAACACAAAGAGCAUUGUAUAACAUUUCCUGUCCUUUUUGUGUGCAGUCAAACGUGAUUGAUACUCACUGGUGACCAGAGAUUUGUAUUGAUUUUGCCAGAUUCCUUUUAUAUCGAUUGUGCUCUUUGUAUCGUGUGUUGUAUAUGUUGUAGGUAAAGGUUGAGUGAGGACUGAGCUGAACCGUGAUGCCAUUACAGUGUACGCAAGGUGAUCUUUAGCAUCAUGUCAAACUGAGUUGUAAACAAUAUAUAUUCCUUUGUUUAUGUGUAGGUAUGUUGGACAUAAUAGCAGAGGGAGGUUUCUUUUCAUAACAUGCUUACAGAUAAAAUUCUCUGUUUUUAGUUUUUUUUCUUGGCUUUGUUUUUUUCCACUGAUAUUAAACUUCACUAUUUUCUGCUAAACUGAGCAGCUGGCUGACCUCUGAGAGCCACUCUGCUUUUUGAUAACAGUACCUGCCUUCACUGAAUCCCAUCAGCAGAGGUAUUAGAGCUGAGAGCAGACCAGGAGUUUCAUCACUACCAUUUUCUUUUUUUUCAAAUAGCGGUUAUGUAAGAGAAGAUGCUGAAAUCAGGGUUCAGGUAAACAAUGGCAGCCGCUCAAGCAUUCCUCUUUCUCUCUUUCAAUUAAAACAAAUCUUUAGUCAGACUUCAGAGCAAAGGUAAGCCCUCUUCUUUGCAGUACUGACUAUUGACAAUGUGACUACAGCGCCAACUAGAGAUUAAAGCAGCCAAGUAGUAGCCUGGACAGGCCAUCCUGUUGCGGGAAUCACUUGCCGUUCCUUCCCACCACAGUCUGGACUUCGGCCCAUAGAGAGCGUGUAUUCCCGAUCAGAAAAUAACCGGGCCAAUCAGAGACCGUGUUUCCACCGUUCCCCGAACAACAGGGAAAGGCAGCCCCUGAUUGGUCCAUGUGUAGUAGUGACGUCUAACACAUGCUGUGGGACUUUUCAAAGCCCCGUUCAUUCAGAACGCCGUUAAUUCUACAGUUGACUCUGCAAAGUCAGCAGAAAAAUCGUUUAUAUACUCAGAAGGCGUCGGAUAUAAACGAUUUUUCUGCCAUGUGUUAGACGUCACCACUACACAUGGACCAAUCAGGGGCUGCCUUUCCCUGUUAUCCGGGGAACAGUGGAAACACGGUCUCUGAUUGGCCCGGUUAUUUUCUGAUCGGGAAUACACGCUCUCUAUGGGCCGAAGUCCAGACUAUGGUGGGAAGGAACAUCAAGUGAUUCACGCAACAGGAUGGCCCGGCCAGGCUAGCCAAUUAGCCAAGCAGUUGGUAAAACCACUGGCACAAACUUUAUGUGAUCUGUGAUCAUUUACACCGCAGUUGUUUAGCUGUUUGUAAAUGUGAAACACCAAACUAACUCCAGGGCAGUUUAUAAAAUCGUUCAAAUGUCCUGGGUUUUUGUACGGAAGUUUUGAGUUUGUAUCACGUGGACUUACUGAGUUAGAAGCGCGUAAAAAACACUCGACACGACUCAAAAACAUGACUCCGCCCCCACACAGUUGUGUCCUCUUGUUGGGUAUUCAGAGUACGGUCACCCUAGGGUACCAACUCUUUUGAACUCGUGCUGAAGUCUGGCUGUCAACUCGUGGUCUGUUUAGUCAUGUUCUUUCUUUAAAAAUACUCCAUUUGUAAAGCUGCUAAUGAAAUGUCAUCAUGACUGUUAGAAACGCUCAUCUUUUGGUUUGGCUGUUAUUAUCCCUGCAGACUCAAAGAGCUGAUCAGUGCGCUGCAGGUGGACAAACAUGUUUAUAUGGCGGUGCAAAAAACUAAUGGGCUUUCUGAUGGGGAUGUGGAUCGCUGAAAAAAAAUCCCAAAUAGAGUACACACCUGAGCACACAUUAGUCUUGUGUUGAAGUUUCCUCAAAGUAAGCUUAAUUUGCGGUCAAGCUGACCCCUCUCAACAAAGAGGCCAAGCCGACCUGCAUCCCCUGUGGUGAAUAAGAUUACUAUUGACGAGUGUCUCAUAUAACCCCACUUUAAAAAAAUUGAUCUUCCAACAUCAAAAGAAACAAAUUCUGCUUUUUGGGCCUUCACAUGUGGCACUAUUAGAGAUCUUUUGCCCUGGAGAAGGUUUCAAAACGGUGGUUAUAUACAGCUGUAGGUUUCAAGCAGUGGUCUUGGAGAUUAAAAGCUAUGACAUAGAAAUGAUCAGUCUUUACAUUUACUCCCAUGUGUUGUUCCUACAGCACUUUCUUUCAUUUCCUUUUCAUGGGUACAUAAUAAGAAGCUUUCAUUCGACUCUCCAUUCCAGCAAAUCAAUCUCAAACAUGCCGUUAAAAACAGGUGUCUGAAAACACGCAAACACGGUAGAUAUUGCCUCAGAGAUUGCAUGAAUUUCAAGGGUACUAAGUAAAACGAGAAAAGCCGAAGGAGUUCAUCAAUCAUACUCCUGCCUCCUGUCCCCUCUGCUUCACCGUGCACACAAACUCGUAGCGGAGGUGAUUGAUCUUUGCUGCUCAAGUCGAUUACAUCACGUCUUACAGAGAUCCCUGUGGUCACCUGUCGUCUGAAAAGAUUCGCCAGUGAUUGAUGACUGGGGGUCGUGUUUUAAUAAGAUAAGGAUUGGGAAAAUAAAAUGCACAACAUGAAGAAUGCUCGUCUCAUAAAUAGAUAUGUAAAUGAGACCAUUUCUUUCCCUGUUUGUAAUCUAUGUGUGACUAGAAUUCAUAUCCCACGGCUACAUCAUUGAAGCAGUUUGAUAUUCAGCCACAUGAGAUCAGCGCCCGCACCAUCUGCUGACCCUUUUGACAGAGGAGAACAGCCACUGUGAUAUGAUUAGAUCAGCUGGUAAAACAAACAGGAUAAUGUGUUGAGUGUAUUUGUCACUGUGAAGGACUGAACAGUAGUAAGAGAGCAUGAUCAGACAGCCGAGGUUAUCUCUGCAGCUCCUGCUCUCAGUGCUUUGAUGAUACCGGGUAUGCAAUAUGAAUUUAAAUGAAGAUGAUUUUUAAGGGGUCUGCAUGUGUAGGUGCAUCAUGAACCUGCUGUAAGGACAGUAGAGAGCCUGAUUUUCUAUUAAGCGCCUGCAGAGAACCAUUAAGUUUGACCUCGCUAAUUCUGAAGUGAUCUCGAAGAACUCGACACCAGACGUACUUGAUUCACCUCACUUAUUCAAAAGCUUGUCAGGGCCAACGUAAACAAACAGAUUUAUUCCUGCAGUGGAGACAGAAACAAGCCUUCAGUCUGAAAGUUUUCAAGAAACUCAGCUGGAUGGCAGAGUGAGAAUUGCACUUGAUUGCAUGAGAUUAUGAAGGUGCUGCUUUCACCUCUGCAGACUCUAGAUGAUUGGAUAAGAGUUUAUAGUUUUUAACUUUAUUAUGAAACAGUCUGUGGUUAUGGCUGAUGCUUCACAGUGAAAGGGUUUUUGGUUCAGAUCUUUAAAGUUGGGGUAAGCAGGAUCUGAGGAAGUGCCAGUGUUUGGGAGAAAUCUUGACUAUAAACUCUACCCCUCCCAACCAGUUUUCCCCUCAGCUCCUCCUCUCCCCUCCCUCUCUGCUCCAGCAAGCCCCGCCCACAAACAGACGCUCCUGCUCGCUCGUAUCGUUUCGAUUAAAUUCAGAUAUAAUGCAGAUAAAUACUUCAGAUAAUUACAAAUGAGGCCCAGUCAAGGUGAAAGUAGAAAGCAUUGGUGCUACUGUAGAUGCCAACAGACUACCAGCAAACACAAUGUUUGCAGGACUUCUACAACGAGGAUAAAGUGACAUAGUCCAGGACCCGAGGUCAACAGUUUAGCGAUGGCGCUACAACACGCUACAGCAGGUCCGUUUGACAAGAAACACUUCAGUUACAGACACUUGUCUUACUUUGUUAAAGAGGUUAAAAGGUUGCAGGGUCUGUAAGAUCCAGAAGUGUACCCCAUCGUUUAUGCUUCAUUGAUGUUGACACAGCUUCUUAGCUCUUGUCCGGUCUACCUCCGUUUUAAGCGCUUGUUAUUCCACCAGAGUCUCCGGUAUUUACUUCAUUUCCCCGCUUGUGUUGGCAGUCGUGGUCAAAGGAGGAUUCAGACAGUUUUCCGUACUUUCUGGUUGGUUUCUACUGUCUGAUAUUGUAGCUCGCUAACUUUGUUUGGGCUCAUCCGCCUCAGCAGCUUCCACCUCACAACCAAUCAGGUUGGGGGAGGCGGAGAAUGGCAAAAAAUUUAAAAUGUUGACUACACAGACAUAACAAAACACAAUGAUAUUGUGAUGUCAUCAAUAACUAAUAGCUAUUGACUGAUAUUAAAAGCUUUUUUGUAUAUAAACCACAGUUGAGGUGCUUCUUUAACAGAAUCCUGACUACCCCACCUUUAAGUCUGGGUUUGCAUGUUCUCCCUGUGCAUGUAUGGGUUCCUCCAGCUUCCUCCCUCUCUCUACAUACACGCUGGUUGACUAGUGACUCUAAAUUGCUGGUAUGUGUGAAGAGUAUGGCUGGUUGUCUGGAUUAGCAGCGUGAGGCUACUGUAGCAUAAUAAAACAAAAAACAACAGAGGAAAUUACAGAGCAACAAAAGCCAAUGACGACAGGAAGCCUGGUUUACGGUUCAACGAAAUGUCAGACUUAUAAUGACUGAGGAUCUUGUUUAUUUUGGAUAAUUACUGUCAUUGCCUCCCUUCCUUGACCACAUAUUUCUAUUGAAAACAUGGCAAAGUUGAAAAACAGUCAUUUCUACCCAAACUCUAACCAAAGUGUUGUCACAUCCUAAAAAAGAUUGAUUUUUUCAGACGAGUUUCGCCGAGCUUUUCGAGCUCUGAGGGGAGGUGAAGAGGCAGCAGCUGUUUCUCCUCUCGCUCUCUCUCUCUCUCGCUCUCUCUCACACACAACCCUCUGGUUCUCCUCCUUUCUCUUCACAUGAACACGGCUUAUUUCUCUGUUAUUAUGUUCCUGCAACAAAAUGAGUCCCUCUCUGUAGCAUUAGGGCCCUUUCUCCAAUCUUUCCUGGCUUCCUUUUCACUCUGGCUGCUCUCUCCCUGAAGUGAAAGAAAAAUAUUUAAUUGAAAAUAACAGAGGAUUAUUUCUGUAUGGCAUUGACGUUGUCCAAAAGAAAAAGUAAUUAUUGAUCUUGCUGUGUAUGGUGGUCAGACUUCUCUCUUAAAAUCCAUUUUUACUGAUUCCAAGUAACCUGUAGAGAGCUAUGCUGCAGACUGCACUCAACAUCACUCUUGUUGUUUUCUCUGUGUGCAGCAAACCUCGCUGCCACUGACAUCAUCUUCCUGGUGUGCUGCGUCCCCUUCACUGCCACCCUCUAUCCGCUCCCUGGAUGGAUCUUUGGCAACUUCAUGUGCAAGUUUGUCGCCUUUCUCCAGCAGGUAAACACAUGACUCAUGCUGCUUUCAUUCUAUAUAUGUACUUUAUUGUUAUAUUUUUGCCAAAGGUUUUGUCUAACGUCCAUUUUUCUUUCCAAUUAAACACCCUCGAUUGAUUGCUUUGGUGACUGUGAGGAUUCUGCAGGAAUAAUAAGCUCUCCAAACACCCUGAUUUCAUCACUCAGCUGUGUCAGAAACAAUCUUUUAAUCAACUCAAGGAGGACCUUCAAAUUUAAAGUCAGCACUAUCUUGAAAAAGCUUCAGUCCAGCUCUAUUUUUAUCUUUCACAGAGGCAUUGUCCCCGCUCUCUUGGCCCUGUCACCCUCUUUGAAAGUGUCUGGCUCUUAAAGGGAUAUUCCGGCGUAAAAUUAAGUUAGGGUCAAGCACACCGUAACGCCGAGUUCGACACCCCAUCAAGAGAUGAAUGUUGCCGACCGCUUGCUUCUCUAAUUAUACCAACUUUAGUAACGACCGCACGAUAGCAAUAUACAGCGGUCCAGGAGCCACACGCUCAACCAAAACACCACUCUAUAGCCACAAAUAAUGUUCAGAACAGCACCUAACUUCAUUAACAGGACAUAUAGGGUCCUAGCCAUAGAACCAGCCACCAAACAUCUUUUUAACUUUGACUAAUUUCUUUAGCAAAGAGACCAAACACAGCUCACCUUCUCUCUUCCAGCAGCUGCUUGUUUGUAGUGAGACCUAAGGCCAGUCCAUUACGCACUACAGCGGGGUGACACAGCUCAAGGAAGAACAUUUAUGAUCAUUUCCUUAUUGAAAUGCAAUCAGACUGAGGCGCUGAGGUAGACGAACUACUGCGUCUGCAGUGUAAAAUGAUUAAUAUGGUGAUUAUUACUUCAAGGAAAUGAUAAAGUAACGAUCAUCAAUGUUCUUCCUUGAGUUGUGUCACCCCGCUGCAGUCGAUGGACUCUCCUGAGGUCUCCAUAUAAACAAGCGGCUGCUGGAAGAGAGUAGCUGAGUUGUGUUUAGUCUCUUUGCGAAAGAAAUCAGUCAAAGCUAAAAAGAUGUUUGGUGGCUAGUGCUGUGGCUGGGACCCUAUAUGUCCUGUUGAUGAAGUUAGGUGCUGUUCUGAGCAUUAUUUGUGGCUAUAGAGUGGCGUUUUGGUUUACAUUAAUCUCUCAAGGGUGUGUCUAACUCAGUGUUGCAGUGUGUUUCACCCUAACUUAAUUUCACACCGGUAUAUCCCUUUAAGCUGCUAAAUACUCUGCUCUGUUCACCCGUUAGUUUUUGCUGCAUGAUGCUCAGCACUCAGGACACAGUGGGAGUGGAGGAGUUGCAAACAUCCUGUGUCAGUGAGUAGGCAUGAGGUUCUGAACUCAACCUGGGUCAUGUUCCUGUGCUUCACUGUAAUUACAGUACGCCAUGCACAAUUAAUUGCAGGAUUUGCUCAAUGACCACCCGGACUGUUUUAUUUAUGGAGCUUAGCCUGUCACUGUGACUCUACGAAAUGCAAGGGCUGCCACAGUCUUUAAUAAGCAUCCUGUCAAGUGAUGCAAAAUCUUCUGUGAAAAGGUUGUGAGAGAAAAGUGCUUGGCUUAAAUUUGGGGUAAAUUGAAUGAAUAUUCCAUAUUUGCGUAGCGGUUGAAUUGAAAGGAGACAAUCUGUCAGAAUCACUCAGAAAGAUGACAUUAUCUUUUAUGUGAGGGGCGACUCGAUGCAGCCGAUAAUUUGAGCAUAAAACAGAAAACUGUCAGUCAAAGCGAUGGGCUGUAAAGAGAGGCUACAGGCAGAUUGGCUAAAAGCAUUUUAAUUAUAGAGAUAGAGAUGUAUUCAUCCAUACUUGGAGCCGAGUAUCCUUGGAGCUCGUAUUCUGUGUAACAAUGACUCAAUUACUCGAUGAGCCAAAAUGUUAAUCUUGAAAAUGAAUAAAGACGCCGUCUGUCACACAAAGCUCUCUGGGAGCAUUGUUCAUGCUGUCACAGUGUUUUGGUGUUUAUGCACUAAAAGUCUCUCUUAUUGAUGCAGUAACUUACAAGUUUGUACAGUUUUGUACUUUAAAGUUGUGACCAACAUUUGACCGACAUGUCAGUGAGGCAUUUGACCUCCAUGCUGCUCCAAGUCAACUUAUUUUAAAGAGGUUAGUUUCCAUCCUGGGGCCAGCUAAUGCAAAGAACCAGUACCCAUUGCAUUUGUUUACCUAUACGCAGGAGGAAAAGGAGGCUGUUAUGAUAGAACUACUGCUCUGUAAUGGUGUGCACUUAAGCCUGCUUUAUAAUACUGCAGCUUGAACCCAUAAUGACCCCAGGAAAAGCAACAAUAGAUCAUUUUAUCCUCGGGAAAGCACCUUUAACAUGUUUCUUGUAACGAGAGUGCUGCCAGUAUUUGUUUUUGUACGUGUAAGAGAAGGUUCAACAGGUUUUUAAUGAUCAUACCAAGACCUUACUGCCCGUUCUGCCUCAGUCCUACACAUUUUUUAAAGAAAUACGGACCAUUAAUCUUUGAAGUGUCCAAAAGUCCUAACAGUUCAAUAUAAAUGACCAAAGGGAAACAGAAAGUGAGUGGUGGUAGAAUGUAUUAUCCAGCUUUAGUCUGCCCCCAGACUUCUUCUCCGCCUUAUAGAAAAAGCUGAAGACUCAGCCCUCAGGAACGCCUACACACUAAAGCAGACUCCUCUUCUUUGUAGUCCCCAGUGGUGGAUGGACUGAGUUACCCAAUUACAUUCUGCAGACUUUUGAAUAAGUGUUCGAUCCAGCUCUCUGAGAACCACUCUGCACUUAGUGUCUAGUUUUUUCUGUUAUGUUGUUACCUAUGCUUCAGCUUUGAUCAUACUAUUGAGGAAAUAAAUUGCCUCUAGACACCCUGAGUAAUUCCUCCAGGACUGCACGUCAGCACCUGAGUCCAAUUAGACCUGAAGAGUUGGUUGCACUAGCUCUCAGAUGCACGACCUUUUUGAUGAAAAAGUAACACCCAGUAUCUUUUUUGCUCAUUACUACUGCGCUGUCUCCCAGAACUACCAGUCACCCAAACUAUUAGAAGUUUGAUUUGGUACUUACAUGUAUUUAAAAGCCAAUUUUCAGUCAGACUAAAGGUCCUUUCAAAACGGGAGCAUUUUUUUUUUCAUGCAAUUAUUUUGGACGUAUCCCGUCAACACAAGCGUUCACAUCAGCGACAUUUUCCCGUCCUGCGAUAUUGUGACUUUUUUUUUUUUUUGGAUCACGGUUGAUUUUUUCACACAGCUGAGAAAGCCUACUUCCAUCUUCGAAACAUCAAUCAACUUUGUCCACAAGGGGGUGCCAAAAUCCACACAAAGCAAAAGUUCCUCUCAGUAGUGUCACGACCAGAAAUUUACCAGCGUGCUGAGGCAAAACUGAGUUGAAAAUUAUGAGUAUUUAACACAGUAAACAACAUCUAACCAUAAACCCACUGACCCACAGUAAAGGAGUGAGAACAACAACAAAAACUAAAACUGUGUAAAAUGACUCAAUCAGCAAAGUCACAGUUUCAUGAAGUCAUGCAGGGAAAACUGUCCACUAUGACGCCCUAAAGCUCUCCUGUUGAAAUAUAAAAUCAAAAUGAAGCCAUAAAAAACUACACUGCAGCUGGGACUCAAAGUAACCAUGUAUCCUGGCCUGUGCACAACUAAAGCUAACCAAGUGUUGAUGUCUUCUUCUUCUAUAAUGAAUACGUGUAUGUGGAAAAGUAAUCUACAAUCACUGUCGGAAAAGAUACGGAUGAAAAAGGAAGAUACAGAAAAUUGUGUCCAAACAACCUUUCAAACAUCUGUCUGCUGCUUCUUUCUCUGACAGAGAGCUCCCCUCCACGCUGGGUGAAGUGAUGGAUAACUCGUCAUCCAUCCAUCAGUCAUGUCGAACGCUGCCAGCCUUUUUGUUGUCUGCACAACAUCAUUAAGCCGAGCUCUUGGCUUCAAACAGGCUUUUAUUUUUGGAUCUGUUUUCACCCAUGUGGUGUGCUAUUCAUCUUGUGCUCUUUUUAUUGGACACCUAAAGGAAUUGUCCUCUUAAAUGCCUGAUUAAAAGAUCUAUUCUUCAUCCAGUUUGUGAAUUCAUUAAUUACCAUUUAACUGCUUUUUGGAUUAGUUGUUAAAUUCAGAGUGAUGAACAACAGACGUCUGGCAACUGACGUCUUUUGAACAUCAUUUCAACUCAAAAACGAGGACUGAAAUUUGUUCGCUUUGUUCACAUGCAAUAUUUACCACUUUCACCUUAUUUUGUUCAUCGUGUGGCUACUGCUUUAUACCCAAUCAAUGGAGAAAGUUCUAUGAAAAAUGAAUGUUCGUCUUUGUAGCUGUCCAGAGCAUUAAAGCAUUGCGUUAUUCACUCCGUCUUUUACUCUCAGGCCCAAUCCUUUGAAAUUAUAUCCAGUAUUUUUUUAAGGAAAGCUGGUUACAUAAAACCAAACUUCAUUCAGUCUUAUCUCAUUUAGAUACCUCCUCAAAUAGUCUCUUUGCCUGUCUUUAAAAGCAAACAUAAUGCACGAUGGAUAAAAAAGAAACACUGUUCUUGGUGCAUCAGCUGCUUAAAAAUUGAGGGAUUGUGGCGCCCAUGGUGUUUGUGGUCUUGGCGCUGAACUCAUCACGACCCCUCUCAGUCUUUCUCAUCAUACCUUUUGAAACACUGAUGUGGCACGCCAAACCUCUGGAGGGGUAAUGGGCACUGGAUUCACGGCUGCACAUAAGAGGUGGGGAGAGAAAAAAGGAGAGAGGCAGACACAGGGACAAAAGAGGGGCAAAAUUAGAUCCCAUUUGUAAAAGAGCAAAGAGAGAACUUCUGACCUCUCAUUUCUAACCCUGCUGCACGUAUUUCAAAGGGAAACACAUGAGUUUAUCCACCAAUGACAGCGUGUGAAACCCUCAGAGGGCAUUUGGUUUGAAAUUAACCAGCUUUUAAGUCUUUGAAGAGAAUAAAAAGAAGGCGUAUUUUACAACCCUGUUUACAAAAAAGUGUGAAAUAUUGAUGAGGUAUUUAGAUGGUUUGCAAAUCAUUAAAUGAAUCUGUAAAUGCUUUAUGAAAUAUAUAUGCUCAUAUUCAAUUGCAUGAGUUGAGACAACAAGUAAAUGUACAACAGGGGCGUAGGAAAGGCUUUCCAGAGAGGGUGGGUAUCUCAGAAGAAAAGACAGGAAGAGGUUUACAGCUCUGUGAGAAACUGCGUGAGCAAAUAGAUCAACAAUUUCAGACAGUAAAAAUAUUAUUUAAAAGUUUAGGAAACAUGGAGGAGAUAGAAAGAAUCCAUACUGGAUGUAGGGCUGGGCAAUAAAAUGAUAACGACAUAUUGAAAAUUAAUUUCCCUCAGUAUCAAUAUGAAACAUGGUCAAUAUGCGUUUUGAUAGCCGGCAUUCUGCCAUGUUUAGGUAGACUAUACAAAUAGCCAAUGAAAAGGGGAGUUUCUCCGGGUCCGCACUGCGCUGAACCAAUCGAGCUGAAUAAGAACCAAACAGCUGCGUAGUAGCAGACUGCAGCUACACGCAACUGUAGGGAACAUUUAAGAUUGACUUAAAUGUGAAUUUUAAAAGUGAUUUUUUUUUUAUAUUGUGAUAAAUAGACGGGUUUCUUGUGUACAAACAAUACUAGGUGCUGCAACCAAAAGCCUGCUUAGGAGUGAACUGAUAUCAAUGAAGAUGCCGUAUUGUUUGCAACUACUCCCUGACACAAUUGCAAUAAAAUGUCAUUUCAUUGAAAAAUCGCUUUGUUUUUCAUUGCAUUACAAAUUUUUAAAAAAUGUCCAUGAAUUUCACUUAAAUUUACCAGGUUGUGACGUUGUUUUGGAUGUUUAUAACAUCAGGAGCAGGGUCGUAACGUUAGUGAAUGCUAACACAGUCAAAGUAAAAAUGUUUACGACGAUUUACAACAGCUUCUUGUCAUUUUCUUUCUCCAUUGACUCCACUAGGAAAUGAAUAACAAAUGUCCCGAUUUCUGCCCCCUGACGUUGCACAGAAACCCGGUCUAUACUGAUAUUGACUGAUGAUAAUAAAAAAAUAUAUUGUGACAAACUUUUUCCCAUAUCGCCCAGCCCUAACUGGAGGAAUGUGAACUCUGUAGUGGAAUUAGCUGCAUAACUGCUUGAUGCGAUUUUUUGAUUAAAUGUCGGGUUUACAUGUUUGCAAACAAUCAAAAUCUGCAUCCCAACAUUUUUUGGAGUCGGGGUUGUAUAUCUUGUGAUGCUCUAUCUGAAUUCAGUGUACAGGUAUGUGUAAAAACGUCAGUAAAGCUGCUUUCUAUGCUGCAAACGCUCUGACUGAAACUUCAAAAAUGUGACGUUUGGAUGAUUCAGACUCUCUAAAAAACCUCAUCAUAUCAGAGGAACAUGACUCCUCAUUUUCUAUAGUUAGCAUUCCUCUGAAGUCAACUCAAUCAAGCAUCAUUGAACCUAAUUAAAAGAAGUAAAUUGAACGAUUUGUUCAUCUUCUAAUUAAAAUACUUAUCUUUCAUGCAGCCUUCCAUCUGCUUCCUCUCGUCUUCCUGUUGCCUGCAACUUUCCGCCUAAGCUAUCGUUUUUUUUCAUGCUCGCUUUUCAUUUGAAAAGCACAAGAGCUCAUUAGCAAAAUCUCAGAUAAGUAAGAGGAAAUAAAAAAUAAAGAAAACUAGUUUCUGAGGAAGAAACAGCAGCUUGAACUUCUGCGGUGCUUCCCUUAAUGACAGUUGAUUAAAAAGCUGGAUCCACAGGACACCAUUAAGAGGGUGGGGGGUCAUUCUGUCGCAAUUAAAAGGACUCAAAACCUUUUAGGUGGUGAUGCAAAGUUCCUGGAAAACCAACUUCUUAAGGAGCAAGGUUUUUGACACUUUGCAUCAGUUGCACGUAUGAAAGAAAUAGCAUUUAAUUUAUAUGAAUAAAUGUUAUUUUAAGCAAUUUGCAGUUUCAAAAAGACAAAGAUGAAUAUUCUCGGAAGUGUGAUCCAUGAGUCUUUCAUCAGUUUCUUCCACUGUCUUUCCCAGGUGACGGUCCAAGCCACCUGCAUCACUCUGACGGCUAUGAGUGGAGACCGCUGCUACGUCACCGUCUACCCUCUUAAAUCUCUCCGCCAUCGCACCCCAAGAGUAGCCAUGAUUGUCAGUAUCUGCAUUUGGAUAGGUAUGACCCGCUCAAUCUCAAAUCACUUUUCAGAGAUUAUGUGGAUUAUGCAAACUACUUCAUACUCCUCAUCCUGUCCAGGCUCCUUCAUCCUCUCUACACCCAUUUUGAUGUACCAGCGUAUAGAGGAGGGUUACUGGUACGGCCCGAGGCAGUACUGCAUGGAGAGAUUUCCUUCUAAGACACACGAAAGGGCUUUCAUCCUCUACCAGUUUAUAGCCGCCUACCUGCUACCAGUUCUCACGAUCUCCUUCUGCUACACGCUGAUGGUGAAAAGGGUUGGCCAGCCGACUGUGGAGCCCGUGGACAACAACUAUCAGGUAUAUAAAAGGCUUUUCUGCUUCAAUUUAAAUGACCUCUCUAAAGCUCUUUAAACUGGUUGUCACUAAUUAAAAACUUAAAAAGGUCUUCACUUCUCUCCACCGCACCUGUUCUGCCCAGUACCUCACUUUUUUGAAGUCGCCUCUCUUUGAAAAUCUCAUUUGAAGCUCUUUUCUUUAAAGCAGCUGUAAUCAGUUGCCUCAUAAUUCUGUAAAAAAGGAAUUUUUUUAUCACAAACCUACAGAAACUCUGCAGUUUUCUGUUCACUUUAUUUACACACAGCUGCCGUUCCACAGAAUUAACUCAGAAAGCUGCAAAUUUGGCAGUUGUUGAAUUUAAUGACAUCAAGAGAAAAUGGCGGCAUGCACUUACAUUUUACACUUUCUCACUCUUUAUUUCCCCGUCUAACCUCAGACUUUCGUAAUUGUGUUCCCUCUCCUCUUGGGCUACAUCUACAUUUUUCAGGGCUGCCACUAUUUAUCCAAAAUUUGAACCUUAAUUUGAACCUAGGGCUUGGCGAUAAAACGAUAACGAUAUAUUUCGAAAAUUCAUUUCCCUCAAUAUCAAUAUAAAAUAUGGUCAAUAUGCUUUUCGAUAGUCGGCAUUCUGACAUGUUUUGGUAGACUAUAAGAAUAGCCAAUGAAAAGGGCAGUUUCUGCGGGUCCGCUUAGCACUGAGGCAAUCAUGUGCCGAAUUAGAACCAAAUAGCAAACAACUGUGUAGUAGCAGGCUGCAGCUACACGCAACUAUAGCAUUUGAACUCCAAAAACAGACGACCAUUUACUUCGUUUUCUCUAGCGCAACGCCUUACAACAACGACAUGCUACCAAUAAGCACUCUUUAAUUUCAUUUUUAUAUUGUGAUAUAUAUCGAUAUCGACUGAUACGAAAUAAAAUAUAUCGUGAUAAACUUUUUCCCAUAUCGCCCAGCCCUAUUUGAACCCCUUAUGUUUAAACUGUACUGAGCCAUUCAAGCUGAAAAUAAUACAGUAUACCAGCACAUUAGGCUUGCGUUAUGAUCAUUAAUCCAUGCACCCUUGGCCUCAGUAAACUAAUAUGGUAAUUUCAUUUCACAAAAAUUGAGGACGUGGUCAAGCAAAAGCGCACCUGACGGACAAUCACAAGAGCUGACCCCUUGCUAGAGUCUCACAAAAAGGCUAUCACUGAUAUGACUGCAGAAUUCAUAUUUGAUAUUUGACUAUUUUAUCACACUGACAGCCCUGACCAGUGUUGCCAACAUAGUGACUGUGUCUGUGUUUUUGAUGCACACCGGCUACCCGUUGUGAAGAGUAACAUCUAUUCCUGCGUUUAUGUUGGAGUCUCUAAACUCGCUAGAGAAAGUGGCUGGAUUUAUCACUAGGCGCCUUUUUGAAAAUAAUAAUAAAUAGGGGGGUCUGAAAAGUCGCCAAAUCUAGAGACUUUUUCUAGUGAGUUUAGAGACUCCAAAAUAAACACAGGAAUAGAUGUUACUCUUCACAACGGGUAGCCGGGGGUCGGUGGCGACAGUGGGUUUGACAGAGAAAUUAUGCAAAUUAGGCGAUGACGUCAUCCAGCAACUUUUAGCGACUUUUACGACAGCCACUAGCUACUUUCCUUACUGAGGAGUUGGCAACACUGGCCCUGACAUGUUUUUGUUGCGCAAACCCAUGAAGUGUCCCGAGGUUUUACAAACAGAAGUCUUUGCCACCAGCUUAACUUUCGAUCUAAUCAUAAAUCAUUAAAAUCCCCCUCUGCUCAUCUCCUUCUCUUCAGGUCAACCUCUUGUCCGAGAGAACUAUAAGCAUCAGGAGCAAAGUGUCCAAGAUGGUGGUCGUGAUAGUCCUCCUUUUCGCCAUCUGCUGGGGUCCCAUCCAGAUCUUUGUACUCUUCCAGUCUUUCUAUCCAAACUACCGGCCAAACUACGCCACAUACAAGAUCAAGACGUGGGCCAACUGCAUGUCCUACGCCAACUCUUCAGUCAACCCCAUCGUUUAUGGUUUUAUGGGAGCCACCUUUCAAAAGUCCUUCAGGAAAACAUUUCCCUUCCUGUUCAAGCACAAAGUCAGAGAUAGCAGCAUGGCUUCAAGGACUGCCAACGCCGAGAUCAAAUUUGUUGCUGCAGAAGAAGGCAACAAUAACAACAAUGCGCUGAACUGAUUCUCUUAAUUAAAGAUCAGAAAAACGAGAUUUUCGUCUUUUCAUUGAACUCGAAGAAAUUAAAGAGUUGAAAGUUUUCCAGCUCUUUGUGAGGAGGUCUUAAUAGAGCUGGCUGUUCUCUAAUGAGAGGACAGACUGUGAUUGGCAGACAGUUAGGAAAGAGUAAUGAAUAAAACUAAUUAGAAAAUUGAUGUGUAAACCACAGCCUCAUAAUACAGACGGACACAAACAGUGCCUGGCUUAACAUGGGAUCUGUCUCGACGCCAUGGCCAAGCAGUGUUGGCAUACAUCCUCACCUAUCGAGCUGCCAGAGACAGCGGCCAGAAAACGGACAGCUGAACACAUCUGAUGACAAAAAAGGGAAAAUUUUACCUUUUUGAAAAUGGCUUAAGGAUGUGAAAUUUUGAACGGACAACAGAUACAGUCGAGUGAAUCGCAAGUGAGAAAGACCUGAACUCCACUUCACUUUUCAGAUACAGACACUUGAGGCAUUUGUUAUUCUGUGAGACGGUACAAAUGUUCGGCUUUUUAAGAGUGUGUUUUCCCCCUCGUCUUCUCCCUGUUAACCUUACACAAGAAGAUCAUGUCGGAGGAAACUGCAAGUCAGGUUCUGUUUAAAGCUCUUACAUGCUUAAAGGCUAGUUAAUAUCAAGCAAAGGUUAGCGAAUCGCCUCCUGGUUCCAGCUUUGUGUUCAUUUCAGAAACAGAUAAUUGACUCAUGAGAUUCCAACUUGUAAAUAUUAAGUUGUCAUAAAGACGGGGAUGAGAACACAAGUUUCUUUUUUUUCAGGCUUUGUACUAAAUAUGAAAAUAUGUAAUAAGAUCAACGCUGAAGUCUCAAAUCGGCAAAAGUACAUUGUAAAAGUGUAUUUAGUUUUGAUGGAUGUGGUGUUUUACUGUCUGUUCACUGUUCAGUUUCAAUCCUGUAAUGUUUUUCAUCCAAGUCACCAGAGCCAGCGAGCAAACACCUUUCUGUUGUCGGAGAUAGGGACAAAGCCAACGCCUGAGCAAAGAACAGGAUGUUUUUGUUGCUGCUGUAAUUGUUUUUCAGAGCAUUUGACCAGCUGUGAACAAAGUGAGCUCAGGAUAACACAGAGUCACAGUUGUGAUUAUGUGUUUGCUCAAAUUCCAGUGAAACUAAGUCAUCACCCAGCGUAAUGACUUCCUCCCUCUCCCAGGUGUGAUGAGGUGAGCCGACUGGAACAGGGGUCAGCACAGGUGAAGCAUGAACUCUGUUUACCUUUCCUUUGUGUCUCAGCUAUAAAUAUUCACACCUUCACAAUAACACAUCUGCACUCCUUAGAGCUGUAGAAAAAUGCACGCACAUUCAUACAGGUAGGCGCACGCACUUUCGCGAGAUUUACCCAGGUGUUGUUUUACAGGAUCAGCUGUCAGGUCUCAGAGAAACACCUCUGAAUGAUGCUGUCAGACGAACGAAACUGUGAAAGGUGGAGGGUACCUGUGUUGCUUUUUUUGGAGCUUUUAGAUGGAGGGCUUGUUCAGGUGACGGGCAUACAGUCUGUCACUGUCAGCUCUGCUCUCCACUCUCCUCAUGCCGUCCUUUUUUUCCCCACUCAAUGAAUCAAAAUCAGAACCAAAAUGAUCUGCUAAUGCUUCACUCAUUUGAAUUGUAGAUCCAGGGAGACUUGCGGUCAACAAGGAUCUAUUCAGACAACAUCAAAGUGUCUGGAAAAGAAACCUGAGUGCUUUUUGGUCGCCUUUUUCACAGACCAAAAUGAGUGCUUGAGGGUUUUGAUUAAUUAAAAUAACAUUUGGGAGGAGAAGAUGGACUGAAAAUAUGAUUUUUUCAUGAAACAGUUUUGAAUCAAUCUCUUUUAGCUGCAUAAAUGAUGUAGUUUCCACUUUUUAAGCCAUUUAAGUUCAUCUGAACGAUAUUGUAAAGCUGAACAUGUCCAAACGACUGCUCGUGGUUUUUCUUCGUAUGUUAAAUGUGCUGCAUUUGUUCCCGCAGAGACUAAUGUACAUCCAUUACGACGAAGGUCAUCAAAGUUUUCUGCUUUUCUCUAAUAUUCUCCUGUAUCUAUGCUUUCCCCACUUCAUGUCUGUUCUGGUUGUCCAGUGAUUUAGUAGAGCUUUAACCUUGAAUAAAUCAUUCUAUUUUGA